AUGUUUUUUCCUUUGUGUCUGCCGCUGUCUGGCCAGGCAGCAAAUAUAUCUCCCUUCUCAUGCCCAGUCAAGAAUAGCUCAUCACAUCCGGCUGCAUGUAUUUCUCACUCAUUUAUCUAUCCCCCAUCUAUGAUAUUGUUUAACACUUCUCUCUAUCAUACAUUAUUCCUCACCCAUUUUAUCUAUACACCAUCUAUUAUAUUAUAUAACACUUCUUUCUAUUAUUCAUUAUUCCUCACCCAUUUUAUCUAUCCCCCAUGCAUUAUAUUAUAUAAUACUUCUCUCUAUUAUACAUUAUUCUUCACCCAUUUUAUCUAUCCCCCAUCUAUUAUAUUAUAUAAGACAUCUCUCUAUUAUACAUUAUUCCUCACUUGUUUUAUCUAUCCCCCAUCUAUUAUAUUAUAUAUCACUUCUCUCUUAUACAUUAUUUCUCACCCAAUUUAUCUAUCCCCCAUUUAUUAUAUUAUAUAA